CGGUUCCCAGGCCUGACCUUCCUGCCGCUGGGCCGUACGCCGAGCCGACAUUGAGGCGUCCUCGUGAUUCGACCCCACGCCCCCACCCUCGCGACAUCAUGGUGGCCUACUGGCGACAGGCUGGACUCAGCUACAUCCGGUACUCCCAGAUCUGUGCAAAAGCAGUGAGAGAUGCACUGAAGGCCGAGUUCAAAGCAAAUGCUGAGAAGACUUCUGGCAGCACCGUAAAAAUUGUGAAACUGAAAAAAGAGUAAUCUACCCUGGGUAAAGCUUGAAAUGCUACAUUUUCCAAGGUGAAGAUGCGUGGGUCCAGGUUACGACAGAUUGAAAACGAUCUCCCUGCAUGGAAAAAAAUCCUUGUUUUGUUCUAGAUUGACAAUGCCAAUAAAUUAAAAUAUGGUUCACUCUU